CACCACGGCACUCUCUGCUUGUCAACAACACCGUUUCUUCCCAAUUAUCUUUCGACUAUUGAACGCAACUACACAGGAGGAAAUUAUUCUGACAACAAAAAUUCAAGGACUGAACUGGAGUGACAUUUAUUGAGGGAAGGACGCGGCUGGUGUCGGUAUAAUAAAGAAAUCCAUGGAUGUGUGACCUCUAGCCACCCGACCUGAACGCUUCAAUUUCGGCGCAUUUAACAUCUCGCCGCAAUAAUUAUCGGUUGACUUGAGUUCAUUGUUGUCGAUAUCUCAGCUCUACGCAGACCAUCCGGAUUAGGAAGUGAGACAUCUCGCACGAUUCAGUCCAACGGUCCCCAAUUAAUGUCGCUCGACAAGUCAGGAUUCUAGAAGAAAAAAAAAAGGAAGAAAAGUCACGCUACAUGGCUGAAUCCGGCAAUUGAGGAAGAAAGAUCAAGAAAAUAUUGCCAAUCGUGUAUCAUGGAUCGGGAUCAACGACACAAAAAGGAUGACCUCCCCUCACGUCUACUGAGUCGUGUUGGGUCCGUUUUCCGCCGGGCUUCGCGAAGAACAAAGUCGACUGUCUCAGCUCAUCAAGUCGCAGAAUCCAGGGGACCGGAGUCGACAUCUACACCUGCUUCUGCAGCUGCAGGUAAUACGACCAGCGCUACUGCUACUCCUGCUGCUCCACAACCACCCCAGACAAGUACCGCUACACCUGACCGUGGCGUUACCGCUCCAAAAAGGGAUCCUGCAUCUGUCGUAGUAUGGAGCGACAUUCAGCAGGAAAGAGCCCGGGCUUUGUUCGCCAAGUACGGUCUGUCUUUGGAACCGCACGAAUGGAUGUCGCGUAAUUUCGAAGUGCAGCGGGUCGAGAAACCGAUCAGAAUGAGGGUUCGCCGCACUUGUCAUCGCUGUCAGACGACUUUUGGUGCUGACAGGGUGUGUGCCAAUUGCCAACAUGUUCGUUGCAAAACGUGCCCUCGUUAUCCACCAGCCCGCACAAAGGAAGAAAAAGAAGCGCGUGCUUUGGCAAAGGCUAAGGGCAAGCAACCAGAAAAGCCUUCGGAUACUGCAGUCAUUCCCACCACUACAACUGUAAAAUCAGAUGACGCCAAGAAGCUAAAGUCUAAACAACUUACCAUGGAGUCUCAAGCCAGUGGCCACGACUUGGUUUACAGACCUGUCAGACAACGAGUUCGUCGGAGAUGCCAUCAAUGUCAGACGGCGUUCGUGGGGUUUUCUACCGAAUGUGAGACUUGCGGUCAUGUCCGAUGCAAGAUCUGUCCUCGCGAGCCGCCCAAUCCAGAAAAAUACCCGGAAGGCUAUCCUGGCGAUGAAGAACCACCGAUAGAGCGCCCAUUGCGAGUUUGGAAGAAACCACGAAUGAGAGUCCGCUGGUUUUGUCACAAGUGCGAUACAUUCUACCCACCUGGCGACAAGAUAUGUCGUACAUGCGGAGAAGAAAAGGGGCCAAAUUCACGACGAGAACCACCUAAGAAAGAAAAGCCUCCCAUAGACGAAGAACUCAUGAAACGAGUUCGUGAACGACUUGAAGAUUUCCGAAUUGCCGCCGACAACACUUAAAUGCCCGCCUGUUUUAUUGAUCAAGCAUCCUGUUUUUAUCGACCAUUCUUUGCAUUUGAGAUAUACCAGCAUAGCAUUGUUUUUUCUGUAGUAUCCUUAUGAGUCCGGUGAUGGAUGCAGUCCAGUGACUAGAGCGUGAUUUGACAUGUACUCAAAAGAACUGUGAUAUUCUCCUACCAAUGCCACUUCUAUCUACUCGUUACAUUUUGUACUACAUACUAUCCAUUCAAGGAUUCAGUACUCCCUAUUCCAACUAAGUUAUUACAGUUAGGAAAAUCACCGGAUUUAAAGUCUGUCUGAGAAACUUCCACU